AUGUUCGGGUUCUCAAGCUUUGAUGUUAUCAAACCGUAUAUUGAAGGAAUGUUUCAGGAUAGACGUAAUCCAGAAGAAAGGCUGUUGGAACCUGGGGUCAUACCAGCUGGUAAUACCACCGUGGAUUCUGACGAUACUGCUGUCGAUGAGAACGAUGGUGGUAUCGUUCCCACUUCUGAUAUAGUGGUAGUUGAUGAAGAGCCUGAUAAUGCAGAUGACAGUGGUGUUCAUGAUAUAGAAUUGAAUGACGAAGAAGAUCUCGAAGACGAUAUAAACGAUUUCCGUUUAACUGAAAGAGUAAAAGAUUAUGACUCACAAGCUGCCCUUGAUAGUGAACAAGAAAUACACGAUAAAAUGCAAGAAGGGCUCUUACGUGCUCAGACUGAAGAUUUGGCUAUCAGUGACGAGCCCCCAUUGUUCCGCAUGCAAAAGAGCUCAGAUGCCCACAAUAUUUCAUGGUCUGCUGAAGUCAUAAGGAUAGACAAGUUGCAUGAGCCAAUCAGGCAGAAGACGAGAAUCCAAUUGAGUGCAGUAAAUAAACAAACUUCCUUUAUGCGUACACAAUUGGAAUCAUUGUUCAACAAACCUAUCAGUGAUCGGGAGCUCGGGGCAUUGGCAUGGCUUUUAGGGUUCUGGUUAGGCGACGGCUAUAGAAGGUGUUCAAUGUUUGCAUUAAACAAAGAAGAUCACGAUGUCAAUUAG